UAGCUAUUUUAUUUGAUUGAAUUGAUCCUUAGCUAACUUCUAGCUUGGCAUUGGCUAAGUUCUACGAGCAGCGACAAGAUGAUGUUUUGGCUGGUUUUCUUAGUUAAAUUGUGCUGGGUUGCAAGUGCUUUGACUGAAUAUCAAAUGAUCUGCACUACACCGGUUAAAGAGCCGGGAACAUGUGUUUUAGUAAAGGAAUGUAACUUCAUUCGACGAGUGUUAGCAAAGUUGAUCUUGAACGAAAACGAUCUCCAUUACAUUGAAGCCAGUCGAUGUGGAACAUACGAAAAUAAAGCGUUAGUAUGCUGUCCAAAAUCAACCGGUUCACCUCCCUACCAUAAUCGUGUCGAUAGCAUUGAUAGUGACGACACUGGUAACCUGAGCGAUCGACGAAAAUUGUUACCCCUACCAUCAGAAUGUGGUGUUCAGUACGAUGAUCGAAUCGUCGGAGGUGAACGUACAGGAAUCGCUACUUACCCUUGGAUUGCACGAAUUCAACACGUCGAUCAGCGUAAUAAUUCUGCGUUUCAUUGCGCAGGUUCACUGAUUAAUCAACGGUAUGUACUGACAGCAGCUCAUUGCCUGGCCGGUGUUCCCCGAGGUUGGACCAUAACAGCCGUUCGCCUUGGCGAAUGGGAUAUUGAAACGAAUCCGGACUGUGACGAUAAGGAGUGCUAUGACGAAGUUCAAGACAUCGACGUCGAAAAACUGAUUGUCCACGAAAACUUCGUUAAUCAGCGUACCGAAGUGCACAAUGACAUUGGCCUUUUGCGCUUAGUUUCGCCGGCCAGAUACUCUGAGACCGUCUCACCUAUUUGUCUUCCCUUGGAUAGAAGGUUCGAAAAUCACCCUACGUAUGGAGCUAAACUGUUCGUGACAGGAUGGGGUCAAACAGAAGCUGACUUUGGAAGCCGCUUUAAAAUGCACGUGUCCGUUCCGAGGGUUACUCUACAGCAAUGUCGGAGAAAGUAUCCGGCUGCCAAUAUUGAUGAACGACAGAUCUGUGCCGGCGGCCAGCCCGGGAAAGAUUCCUGCAAGGGAGACUCGGGAGGCCCAUUGAUGGAAAUUGUGUCAUCCACUGGGCAUCAAGCGCAACCAGCUUUCUACAUGAUGGGUGUGGUAAGUUAUGGUAAAGAGUGCGGAUUGGAGAAUGUUCCAGGAGUUUAUACAAAGGUUAAUCGGUUCGCUGAUUGGAUUCUUAGUCACAUUGAAUCAUAAAUGAAGAAUCUGUAUAAAUAAACAGAAUUGUUCGGCUUCGUAACGUUUGGCAGCAAAUGAACCGAAUAAAUUAAUUGGAAAAAAUAAAAAGAUUUAUAUACUAGAA